CGGGCAGGGAGAUGCCGGGCUUCGACUACAAGUUCCUGGAGAAGCCCAAGCGGCGGCUGCUGUGCCCGCUGUGCGCCAAGGCCAUGCGGGAGCCCGUGCGCGUCUCCACCUGCGGCCACCGCUUCUGCGACACCUGCCUCCAGGAGUUCCUCAGCGAAGGGGUCUUCAAGUGUCCGGAGGAUCAGCUGCCCCUCGACUAUGCCAAGAUCUACCCAGACCCUGAUUUGGAGGCUCAGGUGUUAAACCUGACCAUUCGGUGCAUCCACAGCGAGGAAGGGUGUCGCUGGAGUGGCACGAUCCGGCACUUGCAGGCGCACCUCGGCACAUGCAGCUACAACGUGGUGCCGUGCCCCAAUCGCUGCGGCACGAAGCUGAGCCGCCGUGACCUGCCGCCCCACGUACAGCACGAUUGCCCGCAGCGCCACCUCAAGUGUGAGUUCUGUGGCGCCGACUUCACCGGGGAAGCGUACGAGGACCACCAUGGCCUCUGUCCCCAGGAGAGUGUUUACUGUGAGAACAAGUGUGGGGCGCGCAUGAUGCGCAGGCUGCUAUCGCAGCACAUGCUUGUGGAGUGCCCCAAGCGCACACAGCCCUGCAGCUACUGUUCAAAGGACUUCCUGUAUGAUACUAUCCAGAAUCAUGAGUACCAGUGUCCACGGUACCCUGUCCCUUGCCCUAACCAGUGUGGGGUGCCCAGCAUUGCAAGAGAAGACCUCGGUGGGCACUUGAAAGAAAACUGCACCACAGCCUUGGCACUCUGCCCUUUCAAGGAGGCUGGCUGCAAACAUCGGUGCCCGAAGCUAGCCAUGACUCGCCACCUGGACGAGAGCACCAAGAUGCACCUGGGCCUGAUGGGUGCCCUGGUGGCCCGGCAGCGGCAGGAGCUGGCAGAGUUGCGCCGAGAGGUGGAGGAGCUGGCCGUGGGCAGCGACGGUGUGCUGAUCUGGAAGAUCGCCGACUACAGCCGCAAGCUGCAGGAAGCCAAGCUGCGGGCCAACUAUGAGUCCUUCAGCCCCCCGUUCUACACCCACCGGUAUGGCUACAAGCUGCAGGUCUCGGCCUUCCUCAACGGGAACGGGAGCGGCGAGGGGAGCUUCCUCUCGGUCUACAUCCGGGUGCUCGCUGGCCAGUACGACAACCUCUUGGAGUGGCCCUUCUCCUACCGGGUCACCUUCUCCCUGCUGGACCAAAGCGACCCCUCUCUCUCCAAGCCGCAGCACAUCACGGAGACCUUCCUCCCCGACCCCAACUGGAAGAACUUCCAGAAGCCCGGCCAGGGCCGCGCCUCUCUGGACGAGAGCCUGCUGGGGUUUGGCUACCCCAAAUUCAUCUCCCACGAGGACAUCAAGAAGCGCAACUACGUGAAAGACAAUGCCAUCUUCAUCAAGGCCUCUGUGGAGAUCCCGCAGAAAAUCAUGCCCUGA